AUGAAACUUAAGGAAAGCAGCAGGUUUGGAGAAGUGAAACUACCCCCCUUUUUGUAACUAGGACUUAAGAGGGGAGAUAUGUGUCCGAUUUUAAACGAGACGGCACAUCCGAGGAGAACAGAGGGAAGAAGAGUGAGAAAAAAAAAUGCUGACGCGUCGAAACACAUGCACUCUGUGGCUUCUGCUGUUCCUCCAUGUCUCUGGCAGUGCACUCAAAUUUAACCUGCUCAAGCGAAAGGCCGAGCCGAAGGAAGGCGACCUGAGGCUGUUUGGCUCUGAGAGCGUGUCAGAGGGCCGCGUGGAGGUCUACCAUGAUGGGAAGUGGGGAACAGCGUGUGACGACGGCUGGGACAUGGCUGAGGCCCAGGUGGUGUGUCGCCAGCUCCGCUUCCCCGGCGCAAAGUCAGUGGUCGUUGGGAAGGACUAUGGAGAAGCGUCUGGACCCAUCUGGCUGGAUGACAUCGAUUGUAAAGGCACCGAGAGUCAUCUGUUUACUUGUGGUUUCAAAGGCUGGGGAAUGACGGACUGCACCCACAAAGAGGAUGUUGGAAUUAUUUGUGAUACAGAAAGCACUGGGUUGGCCCUUAGAGAUUCUAGACACUUCCUGGACCACAGCUUCAGUCUGCCUGAUGACCUUGGCAAAAUGUUUGACCGUGAAAGUGGCUGUGACUUCCUGAUCUCGGUCAACAGUGCCACUGGAAAAAGACAGGAGGACGGCACUCUGGAGACGGUGGGAACAAGGAUCUGCGCUCACAAAAUAAUCCUCUCGCGAUUCCCGCUCUUUAAUGCUUCAGAGGACGCUUCCAACAUCACCGUCGACAUUAACCAGUCGUGCCAACCAUAUUUCUCCUCCUUCAUUAGGUACAUUUACACCCGCAAGAUAGAUGUGACCUUGACCUCUGUGCAGUGCCUCCACUGGAUGGCGUCUAGGUUUGGGGUGAAGCAGCUGAUGGACGGCACGGCCCGGCUGUUCUCCAAAGUCCUUCCAGAGGACGCUUUGUUUCACACCCAGGUGUCCAUUUUCAAAUAUGCGCAGGAGACUGAGGACUUUGUUCUCCAGGAGAGCUGCAUCCAGUACCUGGCCUGGAACUAUGAAAACCUGACCCGAUCUCCAGCUUGGCCCGAGCUGCCCAUGGAGCUCCUCGGAGCCGUUCUGACCCGCUCGGACCUGGUGGUGCCGGAUGAGUAUUUUCUGCUCCAGACGGUAGAGAGCUGGAUCACAGAGAAGGGCAACUCCAUCAGUUUGGAAAGCCAGGUUGACCUGUUGAAUCGCAUCCGUUUCCCAAUGAUCCCCGUGGAGAAACUGUACGAGCUCGAGUUCAACUCCUCUCUUUACAGCACUCAUGAGAAAACGUAUCAUGAAAACAUGUUGAGGGCCUUCCAGUUUAAUGUUCUCCUCUUCAGAAAUCUUUUGGCCAACCCAAGGUUCAACGGACAAGACGAUGAUUACCAGCCUCGGCUCUACACCAAUGACCCAUGGAGCACUGUUAUUGACUCCGCCCCCGGUCAAGCCUCAGACAAGUCGUUUAGCACACCUGUCCACCAGAGCCUGGUCUUUAAGGACAAAAUCAUUCACUGGCAGGCGAGUCUCUUGAAGCAUCAAUACGAAUGUUCAAACCGGGGGCUGCGCUGCACGUCGCUCCCUGCGGCAUGGCUGUAUCCCCACAACCAGUACUCCGAGCGCAAUAUCCUCUUUCGUAACCAGCUCCUGCUGGUGUGCCAAGGCAAGUACAUCUGUCAGGUUCAGGAGUUCAAGAACAAACUGGCGCACAUUGCUGAAAAUGUCACCGAGGGUCUUGCCUAUCCCUGUCCUGAUGACCAGUUCACCUACCGCUUUGUCGUGAGACCUGCGUUUGUCUUGAUCUGAUGAUGAACAGAUUGCAAUCGUGUACUCACUUUACCUGACCCCCCCCCCAACAAAUCCCUGUUGAUUAUCUACAGAUAUCUCACUUGAAAGUGGUUUAAUUCAUAUCAUGUUGAUCAUAGUCCUUUUUUAAAAUGAGUAAUAAAUCAAGUCAUUUCUUUGUCCUUUAA